AUGUGCUUUUACAACCAGAAACGGUUUGCGUGUGGAGACUGGAGCUGGACCAGCUUCGCUCACCGAUGCAACUAUGAAUACCGCACUGGCGAAACAUGCGGUAUGAGACUCGUCAACGCCACUGAGAAUGACAAGAACAAUUGCCGUCUCUGCGAGAAAAUCGAAACAAAAUAUCGUCGCCGUAGCGCCGAACUCGAACGCCUGGCGCGGUGGAAACGAGAGGGUGCCACACUUGUGGCUUCAAUGGAUCGAUCCGAGAGGCUCAUCCUGGACUUGGAGAAAGAAAUCCGCGCCCUGCAACGGGAGCGGGACGACCGAAGAAGCACUCUCCUAAGAUAG